AUGUCAGCCAAUCCAGGAAACUCUUUACGUGCAUUGUCUCCGACUCCACCGGAGCGUGGUUCUUUCCCGCUUGAUCACGACGGCGAAUGCACCAAACAAAUGCAGCAGUAUCUCAACUGUUUGAAGUUGGUAAAGGGCGAAAAUGCGCCGAAUUGCCGAUUGCUAGCCAAGGGUUACCUAGAAUGCCGCAUGGCUAACCAGCUCAUGGAUCGAGACGAAUGGAAAAAUCUAGGUCUCCCAGAAGACGCUAAAAAGUAG